AUGUCUAAACGGCAUCUCUUUGAGUCCCCUGAUGGGCUCGUCAACAAAGCCCUGCGAGGAAUUGUCUCUUACAACCCCUCAUUGGCCUUCGACGAGGUCAACCGCGUCGUCUACGACACCUCAUAUGACCGCUCCAAGGUCAGCGUGAUUAGCGGUGGUGGCUCUGGCCACGAGCCUGCCUGGUCAGGUUAUGUAGGCACAAACAUGCUCGCUGCCUCAGCACAGGGCGAUAUAUUUGCAAGUCCCAGCACGAAGCAGAUUCUCGCCGCGAUCGAGGCAGUCGCUUCGGAUGUAGGCACGAUUCUGGUCAUUACCAAUUACACGGGCGACUGCCUCCACUUUGGUCUCGCGAAUGAGAAGGCGCAGGCCAGGGGCCACAACUGCCGAAUGAUCAUCUGCGGAGAUGACGUCUCGGUGGGAAAGAAAGGAAGUCUCGUAGGACGACGAGGACUUGCAGGUCAAGUUGGUGUCCUGAAAGUCAUGGGUGGUGCCUCUGGCGCAGGAGGCUCUCUGGACGAGGUCUACGACUUGGGCGUGGCCUUCUCUGAGCAGAUUGUCUCCAUUGCGGCAACUCUGGACCACUGCCACGUCCCCGGCAGGACAGAGCACGGUAUACUAGAGGCGGAUGAAGUCGAGCUUGGAACUGGGCCACAUAAUGAGCCGGGAUACAAGAAACUCUCGCCGGCACCAUCACCAGAAGACCUUAUCAAGCAGAUUCUCACAUAUUGUCUAGAUGAGAAGGAUCCGGAGCGAGGUUAUGUCAACUUUACGCCAAGCGAUGAGACGUUUUUGCUCAUCAGCAAUUUCGGCGGCAUGUCUCAACUUGAGAUGGGAGCUCUUGUUGACGAAUUGCUUGAGCAAUUGGAGAAGGACUGGAAGAUUACACCAUCGCGAACUUACGUUGGGUGCAUAGAGACCUCGCUCAACGCGCCAGCCUUCUCCGUGUCCGUCGUCAAUGCCACUGCUGCUGCUAAGGGUUGCUCAUACUCAAUCGAUCAGAUCAAGGAGUUUAUGGACACAAGAACGACUACGGCUUGGGAGUCAAUGGCUGGCGCACAGGGUGGUAAGCGCCGGGCGCGGAAAGAGCAAUUCGUCCAGCCGCGGGCAGAUGAGAAGAAGCCCGUGGACGAGUCCAAAGACCUGAAGAUAGAUCCCGCCCUACUUGAAAAGAUGCUCCGUGGUGCUUGUGAUGCACUUGUCGAGGCGGAACCGGAUCUGACAAAGUGGGAUACGGUCAUGGGAGAUGGAGACUGUGGAGAGACGCUCAAGACCGGUGCCACCUCGUUACUGGCGGCUUUGGACGAGCAGAAGAUCGCUGCGAAGGGCUCGAUCGUAACAGUACUUCAAGAGCUUGAAGAUAUCGUUGAGAGCAAGAUGGGAGGCACCCUGGGUGGCAUUCUCGGUAUCUUCUUUGUUUCACUGCGCAAUGCCGUGGAGCGUAAUAUUCCACUGGCGAAGGAAAAGGGGCCGGCAGCGGUGUGGGCACAAGCCUUGGCCACAGCCCUGGAGCAUCUGCGACACUACACCCCGGCGAAGAUUGGCGAUCGGACUGUGAUGGAUACAUUGAUUCCUUUCGCAGAGGCUAUGGGUAAGGGCAGCUUCGAAGAUGGUGUUAAGGCAGCAGAGGACGGAGCGGAGGCUACAAAGACGAUGAAGCCGAGACUUGGUCGCGCAACGUAUGUCGGUGCUGGGCAGAAUGGCGAUAAGGAAUUGCCCCCUGACCCAGGUGCAUGGGGAGCCAUGGUUGCAAUUAAGGGACUGAAAUCCGGUAUGUAA